UCUUGUGGUCUUGCUGGCUGGCACGUGCGUGCGUUCGUCCGCCGUCUGUCCGGCUGUCAAUCACUUCGUGGCUGUCAAUCACUUUUCCCGCGGAGCGCGCGCGCGCACACAUGAGGUUGAUUGACGCCGCCAUGGCGGGAAAAAGCGGCGCGGAGGCUUCCGUCAAAUGGCAGCUGUGCUACGACAUCUCGGCCAGGACCUGGUGGAUGGACGAGUUCCACCCGUUCAUCGAGGCGCUGCUGCCGCACGUGCGCGCCUUCGCCUACACGUGGUUCAACCUGCAGGCGCGCAAGCGCAAGUACUUCAAGAAGCACGAGAAGCGCAUGUCCAAGGAGGAGGAGCGCGCCGUCAAAGACGAGCUUCUGGGCGAGAAGCCCGAGGUCAAACAGAAGUGGGCCUCGCGCCUGCUGGCCAAGCUGCGCAAGGACAUCCGCCCCGAGUUCCGCGAGGACUUUGUGCUGAGCGUCACGGCCAAGAAGGCGCCCUGCUGCGUGCUGUCCAACCCCGACCAGAAGGGCAAGAUGCGCCGCAUCGACUGCCUGCGCCAGGCCGACAAGGUGUGGCGGCUGGACCUGGUCAUGGUCAUCCUCUUCAAGGGCGUGCCCCUGGAGAGCACCGACGGCGAGCGCCUGGUCAAGUCGCCGCGCUGCGCCAACCCGGGCCUCUGCGUGCAGCCGCACCACAUCGGCGUCUCCGUCAAGGAGCUGGACCUCUACCUGGCCUACUUCGUCCACGCAGAGGGCGGCCAAUCAGAGAGCCCAAACCAGGCCGGCGAGGCCGACAUGAAAGAGCAGAGCGAGAAUGGUCAUUUGGGUUUCCAGGACAGUUUUGUCACUCCAGGAGUUUUUACUGUUUCUGAACUUGUACGAGUCUCACAGACUCCCAUCGCCGCCGGCACGGGUCCAAACUUCUCGCUGGCCGACCUGGACGGCUCGUCCUACUACGGCAUGAGCCCCGGUGCCAUGAGGAGGCCCCUACCGAGCACCUCCUCCUCGUCCAGCUCGGCCAAGCGCAUCAAGUGCAUGGAGGAGGACGCCGACAGUCCCGGCGAGGACUCGUAUUACCCGGCUCCAGGCCGCUCGCCGGGCAGCGUCAGCCAGGCCAGCAGCUGGCACGAGGAGCCAGCAGGAUACAAGCUACGCGGCUCGCUAGCGAGCUCCUUCAUCUCCCGCCAAGCCAGCCCGCACGCGCCGCCCUCCGGCCUGCACUUCUCGUCGUCGCCCAUCCUGCAGCAGCCCGCCUCGUACUUCUCGCACGCCGCCAUCAGGUACCACCCGCAGGACCCCCUCAAGGACUUUGUGCAGCUCGUGUGUCCCGACUCCGCCCAGACGGCCGGACAGGUGGGCUUCCUCAACCCUAAUGGUAGCUCCCAGGGAAAAGUCCCCAAUCCUUUCCUGGCCACGCCCAUGCUGCCCCCUCCUCCGCCGCCACCCAUGGCCCGGCCCGUCCCGCUGCCCGUUGACGCCAAGCCGCCCGCCACCUCCUCCGCCGAGGCGGGGGGCAACUCGCCGUCAUCGCCCACGUAUUCGGCCCCGCCCGCCAGCUCUCCCGCUCAGCGAUUUGUGAGCGUGGGGCCGCGAGACCCCGCCUUCAACAUCCCGCAGCAGCCGCAGUGGUACCUGGGAUAAGGAUGCCACCCGAGGCUCCGCCCGGUCCCGUCCCCGGAGCCGCCCACGUUGACGUGCCCCCGCCUUCCCGCGCCUGACUUUGCCCACCAGCGCCCGCCUGACCGUCGGCCUCAGCGUGGCUAGGGGGCGGGGUCAAGGGUCACAGCCCCGCUCCCCAAACCUGGAAAGGUUCCCUCUGUCUUGUGGGGGAGGGGCCUAACCCAACAACUCCCAGCCUUUGCUGUGGCCCCGCCUCCUCCUCCUCCUCCUCCUCAUUGAAGGGAGGAGUCUUAUCACCAGCUUCUGACCCACUUUCGACUCCGCCCCCUUGGGAAAGCGCUGAGAGUGGGCGGGGUUUGUUGACUGACUGCUGCUUGAUGACUCCGCCCUCUGGGGUGGGGGGGCCACUUUCCGGAAGGAUCUGCGAGUGGACGGGCAUUGUUGCCUCGUUGCCGGUUGUCACCUGACCUCACCUCUUCUUCCGCCUCCUCAUAUUCCAAUAUGAAAUAUUGGAAUAUGAAAUAUCCUCAUACUGCAACAAAGUGGAGAUGAGGAAAACGUGCAAUGUUUGGAAGCUCCAAGCUGUUUUUUUUUUUUUGUUUUUUUUUUUCCCCCCCCCCCCCCAAAAAAAAAGUCCGCCGGCACCUCUGGACUCUAAAACAGGAUGCGCAAA